GUACAUGUGGCAGCCAUUCAGUUCUGAGGACCACUACCACGAUUGUGACCAUGGGCAGAGUCAUCUUCUACGAGGAUAGGAACUUCCUGGGCCGCUCUUAUGAGUGCAUGAGUGACUGUGCCGACAUGUCCUCCUAUCUGAGCCGCUGUCACUCUUGCAGAAUAGAGAGUGGCUGCUUCAUGAUGUAUGACUGUCCCAACUACAUGGGAAACCAGUAUUUCUUUAAGAGGGGCGAGUAUGCUGAUUACAUGUCUAUGUUUGGAAUGAGUGACUGCAUCAAGUCCUGCCGUAUGAUCCCUAUGCACAAGGGAUCCUACAGAAUGAGGAUCUAUGAGAGGGAGAACUUCAUGGGUCAGAUGUAUGAGCUGAUGGAUGACUGUGACAACAUCAUGGACCGCUACCGCAUGUCCAACUGCCAGUCUUGCAACGUGAUGGAUGGUCACUGGCUCAUGUAUGAUCAGCCCAACUACAGAGGCAGGAUGCACUACUUCAGGCCUGGAGAGUACAGAAGCUUCAGCAAUAUGGGAAUGAGAUUCAUGAGCAUGAGGCGCAUUAUGGAUUCCUGUUAUUAGUGUUCUAACAUUUCAAUAAAAUUUUUAUU